AUGACAGAUACCGUGCGCGAUGCCUCGAUGGGCCCCGAUCCGGACGUCGAGGGCGUGCAAUCAAACACCGUGCCGCUUGCACAGCUUCCGCGGGUGCGUAUCUGCAUCUCGAGACGGUCGCUUCCGACUUCCAUCGGGGCAGGUAUCGAAGAGCUGGCGAAGCACCACAUCAGACCGGACGUCAUACUUCUUCACGAUGAUGAGCAUCCCAUCUCCGCCGGUGGUCUGUCGGACAACAAUUCUAGCAGCUCCGUCAAUCCAUCGGUCUGGAACUGGAACGUGCACUUUUGCGAGCAUGCAGCCGCCUCCGACGAUCCAUCACAAUCUCAGAUAGGCCCGCUCACAUGGCGCUGCUCGACCUCGUCUGCCACAUUUGCACCUCUGCAUGAUCACGCACAAAGGUCCGGCGCUCUGCCCGUCGACGAAGCCUUUGUGAUCCAGGUCGGCUUCCAUGUUAGCGCUCCUCACCUCGCCUUUCGUGCGCUGGGCCACGUACUCGGCGUAGCAAAAGACUGUCUUACACUGGGCAACAGCGACACAGAUGGAACUCGACUCCAUCCCAGUCUUUUCGCCGCCUCCUCCGGGUCGCAGACUGGUCGCGGCUACUUCCUCUGUCCAGACGUUGCGAACGAGCGGCUCAAUAUCGCCCAGACCGCCGACUACGAGACCAUCGGCACCAUGAUCGACUGUUCGCGCAACGGUGUGCUCAACGUGCGCUCCACCAAGUACCUGCUGCGCAUCCUCGCUCUGCUCGGCUACAACAUGCUCCAGCUCUACACCGAAGACACUUACGAGAUCGAGGGCGAGCCCUUCUUUGGGUACAUGCGCGGCGGCUACUCGCAAGCCGAGCUGAAAGCCAUCGACGAUUACGCGGCCAAGUUUGGCAUCGAGUUGAUUCCGUGCAUUCAGACGCUGGGUCAUCUCGGACAGAUGCUCCAGUGGCCGCGCUAUCUCGGCAUGCGCGAUACUGCAGAAGUGCUGCUUCCCGAGUGGCCGGAAACCUACAUCAUGCUCGAAAAGAUGAUCAAAGCAGCCACCGCACCCUUUCGCAGCAAGCGCAUCCAUCUCGGUAUGGACGAGACGCACGGUCUUGGCCACGGCAGGUACUACUCGAUCUACGGCCAUCAGAACAACAAGCCGGGCAGCCAGAUCUUUGUCGAGCAUCUGCAAAAGGUCAACACCAUAUGCCAGUCGCUCGGGCUGGAGCCGAUGAUCUGGUCCGAUAUGCUCUUCUGCCUCUCGGCGCGUAACAACUCGCUGGUGGGCUAUUACGAUUCGGCACAGCCGCUGGAUGUCAAGCAGCAGGGGAUCCCACAGGACGUCGACCUCGUCUACUGGGACUAUUACCACACCUCGUCGACCAGCUACGAGACGCGCAUCAAGAACCACGAGGAACUGCGCGGUGCAAGCCCCUGGCUCGCAGCCGGAUCGUGGACGUGGUCGCGCUUCUGGACUGCACUGCCGUUCACAUUCCAGACCAUCCAAGCCAACCUGACUGCAGCCAAGAACUCGCCUGGCGUACGCCACGUCUUCCUCACAAUCUGGGGUGACGAGGGGAAUGAGGUGGACCUCUGGUCGUCUCUGCCAGCCUGGUGCUACUACGCAGACCACGCCUACUCGACAACAUUCGCAGCACCAAAUGCACAAGCGGCACAGGGACUGGAUGUGUCGCUGGUCAAGAGCAAGUUCGACGCCAUCGUAGGCGGGUGCUGGGACGACUUUGUGCGUGCGUCUGCCAUCGACGAUACCACAAAGGAUGGCGUGGCAGUGGCGGCGGACGACAAGAUCCACUUUGCACCCAACACGAGCAAGUGGAUGCUAUGGGGCGAUCCCGUGCACAGCUUUGCCGAGCCCACGCUCGUCGCAUCCGGCUUUGAUGCCGAACAGCAUUUUGCCAGCCUAGCAUCGACGUUGAGCGACCGCUUGGAGGGUGUGACGCUCGAAGAGCCGCUCCGCCAUCGCGAUACGCUCGUCGUUAGGCCGCAAAGCGAGAGUGGCAGCAAAUCGAGCGGUGCAGGUGGAUUGUUGGGGGCAGCAGCAUCAUUGUUGGGUGUUGGCGGCUUCGGCGCGGGCGGGCGACCGACGGAGACGGUGCGGGUUCUGUCGGAUCAUCCGAUGAAUGCGCGACUGGAGCUGGCACGGUUGGUGGCACGCACGCUGUCUCUCAAGGCGAAUCUGCGCCAGCGACUGCACCAGGCUUACGCCUCACGCAACUGGCCGCAGCUACGGCACCUUCACCGUCGAACCGGUCGGUGCUUUGAAUCGGCCACGCGGCUGUGGCAGUAUCACCGUCAGGUGUGGAUGUCCAUGUACAAGCCGCACGGAUGGGAGACGCUCGAGCUGCGAUACGGUGGCCUCGUCUCGCGUCUCGAUACGCUCCACCGCCGUGUAGGCGCAUUUCUAGAUCAUGUCCUCGAUCGUCCACAUCUCGAUGAAGAUGCGGCCGCUAACGGGGACUCGCUCCAGGCGUGUGCGGCUAGGGCAGAUGUAUUCCUGCCGUCACCCACACGCUCGGGCGACUCGCAGGCUACAUCGCAUCGCUCCUCGCUCGACGACGAGCAGACAGAUCCCAGAGCAGGCAGUGCAGACGAUGACGAAUCGAUGCACUCGGGUCGUGCCAAUCCACGCACCAAAUGGGGAUGGCAUGAACCCGUCACUUCGCUCCCUGAACUCGAGAAACCGCUGCACCUAGUCUACGGUAGCCCCGAGCAGCUUCUUGAUUACCACCGCGUUUCACGCCCCACCUACUGCUGA